CCCCUAAGAAAAUGCAUAGGGCUUUCACUUGAAGUGGGUGGCAAUUCUUUGGAAAAGAGCUAAAAUGGGGAGGGGGGACGGGGUGGAGAGGAUAAAUUGCAGCACCUCCCUGCCUGGGCUAACAUCGCAGCUCUUCAGAGGAGGCAGAGCAGCACUGUACUGAGGAAGAGCCCUCGCACAGCCACCAUGCUCAGCACAAGACCAGUCCUGCUGCUCCUGCUGCUCCUCACCUUCUCCCAGCACUGCGCCACAGCUCCGUACUCACCUUCAGAAUGCUGCUUUGAGUUCUUGAAGCCAGCUCUCCGGUAUGAAGUGCUGAAGGAUUUCUACGAGACUCCCAAAGAGUGUUUUUCCCCAGGAAUUGUGUUUGAGACUAAGAACGGGAACAAGGUCUGUGCAAAACCAAACACACCUUGGGUGAAGAAAGCUAUGGAGAAACUUCUCAGAAAGAAGAGGUCUCACACCUCCUGAUGCAGAGCAGAUGCCCCAGUUCAGGCUACCCAGCUUUCUGAUGGGAAUAUUUCUACACAGCAUCCUGCGGAGGACCCUGAUGCUGAUGGAUGGCACGGCCUCCCCUGAGCCCUGUGCUGUACCGACAAGCCAGGCACCAGAUCCUGGGAUUUUGCAGCCCUGCCAGCUUCCACCCACGGAGCAAAUAAAUAAACCUCAAAUAAAGGUUUAAUUCACACACUA